UAAUGUAAACGUCAUCUCAAUACAAAAAUGCAGUACACUAUUAUAUCGUCACAAUUAUCCCACAACACAAGUAAAGCAACAUUAAACAAACCUCUCUCUCCCUCUCUCUAGGAUCUUCAGAACAAAAAGUAUAAGACUUGGAGAAAACAGAAUGAGUAUUUGGAGUAUCAUUGUUGCAUUCGUCUUCUUUGCAUCUAUACUCAUUGCAAAGAAGAUGAGAAUGACAACGAGGAACCUACCUCUUGGACCACCAAGACUUCCUAUAAUUGGCAACUUGCAUCAAUUAGGAUCCAAACCUCAUCGUUCAAUGUUCAAAUUAUCUGAAAAAUAUGGAUCUCUAAUGUCUCUAAAGUUUGGAAAUGUGUCUACUGUUGUGGCAUCUACACCAGAGACGGUGAAGGACUUCUUAAAAACGAAUGAUGCGGAGUGUUGUUCUCGACCUUAUAUGACUUAUCCUGCAAGAGUUACAUACAAUUUAAAAGAUCUUGCUUUUGCUCCCUAUAGCAAAUAUUGGAGGGAAGUACGAAAGAUGAUGGUUGUUGAACUCUACACUGCGAAAAGCGUAAAAUCUUUUCGACAUGUAAGGGAAGAGGAAGUUGCCUCCUUCGUCGAUUUCAUCAAACAAUCUGCUUCAUUAGCGAAACCGGUUAACUUUAGCCAGAAGUUAAUGAAACUAUCAGGAAGUGUGAUUUGUAGAGUGGGAUUUGGGAUCAGUCUUGAUGGGAGCAAGCUUGCGAAUACUUAUGAGGAAGUCAUUCAUGGAUCCAUGGAGGUAAUGGGGAGUUUCGCAGCUGCUGAUUACUUCCCGGUUAUUGGUAGAAUCAUCGAUAGGAUCACGGGUUUACAUAGCAAAUGUGAGAAGGUUUUUAAGGCAACGGAUACAUUUUUCGACCAGUCUAUAGAGCAUCAUCUAGCAAAUGAGAAUAUUAAGGAUGAUAAUGAUAUCAUUGGUAUGCUCCUCAAGAUGGAAAAGAGAGAGACUGAACUUGGAGAGUUUCGACUUACUCGAAACCAUACCAAAGGAAUUCUACAAAACGUUCUUCUUGCUGGAGUAGACACUACUAGCCACACAAUAACAUGGGUGAUGACAAAUUUGAUUACAAACCCAAGAGUACUCAAGAAAGUACAAGCUGAGGUAAGAGAAGUAAUCAAAAAGAAAGAUGAUAUCACAGAAGAAGAUAUAGAGAAACUCGAGUAUUUCAAAAUGGUGAUUAAAGAAACGUUUAGGAUAACACCAAUCGGACCACUUCUAAUCCCAAGAGAGGCUUCAAAAGAUUUAAAGAUCGGAGGCUACAACAUUCCAAAGAAAACAUGGAUCCAUGUCAAUGUAUGGGCUAUUCAUAGGAAUCCAAACGUUUGGAAAGAUCCAGAAACGUUCAUACCAGAAAGGUUUAUGGAUAGUCAUAUUGACUAUAAAGGUCUAAACUUUGAGUUGUUGCCGUUUGGUAGUGGUAGGAGAAUUUGUCCAGGUAUGGGAAUGGGUAUGGCUUUGCUACACUUGACUCUUAUCAAUCUGCUUUACCGAUUCGAUUGGAAGCUUCCAGAUGGAAUGAAUGUAGAAGAUGUUGACAUUGAAGAAUCAUAUGGACUCUCUUGUCCUAAAAACGUUCCACUUCACCUUGUCCCAGUCCUUACUCAAUGGACUUGACUUUAUUUUCUCGUAGCUCGUGAUAUAACUGUUUGUUUAUGAAAGCAUUGUUAUUAGAACCUCAUAGUGCUUAUUCUACCAAUAAAAUUCUUAGUAGAAGGAAAAAUUUAAAGAAACA